UGCCCGUCGCAUCGCACUGGAUGCGAGCGAGCUCACCAUGGCCGCUCACCGCCGCACCGCUCAUCUGCUUGUAGCGUACCUGUUGGUUGCCACGGCAACCGCCACACCAGAUAUCGGCUAUGGACUACGGCCGAAGGGGAAGAGUUCCUCCGGCAGCUCGAGUAGCUCAAGUGCACAGUCAUCCUCGAGUAGUGGUUCAAUAUCAGGAGGGCUAGGAGGCUUUGGUGGCGGCCCUGACGGAGGAUUUAUCUUUGACGGCAAGGGUCCUGGAGGCUUUGGUGGUAGUGGCGGAGGUACAGGGUCCCAAAGCAGUAGUUCCUCACAGGCUGGUGCAGGAGCUGGAGGUUUUGGAGGUGGUUCUGGAGGUUUGGGAGGAUUUGGGGGUGGUUCUGGAGGACAUGGAGGUGCAGGAGGCUUGGGUGGAUUUGGAGGAGGUUUGGGAGGUUCAGGUGGCUUUGGUGAUGGUGGUGCAGGUGGCCUGGGGGGUUCUGGAGGAUUUGGAGCUGGUGGAAAAGGCACAGGUGGUCUGGGUGGAUCAGGAGGUUUUGGUAGCGGUUCAGCAGGCCUAGGAGGAGCGGGAGGAGGAGGAGGAGGAGCAGGAGGUUUUGGUGGUAAGGGACCAGGUGGCUUUGGUGGAGCUGGUGGAUUAGGAGGUGGUUCUGGAGGGUUUGGAGGAGGUAGCGGAGGUAUUGGUGGAGGAGCAGGAGGUUUUGGUGGUAAGGGACCAGGUGGCUUUGGUGGAGCUGGUGGAUUAGGGGGCGGUUCUGCAGGGUUUGGAGGAGGUAGUGGAGGUAUUGGUGGAGGAGCAGGAGGUUUUGGUGGUAAGGGACCAGGUGGCUUUGGUGGAGCUGGUGGAUUAGGGGGCGGUUCUGGAGGGUUUGGAGGAGGUAGUGGAGGUAUUGGUGGAGGAGCAGGAGGUUUUGGUGGUAAGGGACCAGGCGGUUUUGGUGGAGCUGGUGGACUAGGAGGUGGUUCUGGAGGGAUUGGAGGUGGCAUAGGAGGAGGAGCUGGAAGUAGUAGCAGUUCUAGCAGUAAGAGUGAUGCUGCCAGUGGAGGCAUUGGUGGUGGAGCUGGAGGUCUUGGAAGUGGCAUUGGAGGUCCUGGAGGUGGUGGUGGGGGCCUAGGAGGAUCUGGUGGUUUUGGUGGAUCUGGAGGAUUUGGAGGAGGUAAAGGAGGACUUGGAGGUGGUUCUGGUGGUUUUGGUGGAGCUAGUGGUUUUGGGGGUGCAGGAUCUGGAGGUUUUGGAGGCAGUGGAGGAGCAGGAGGUUUUGGAAGUGGUGGAGGUGCAGGAGGUUUUGGUGGUGGUAAAGGAGGUGUUGGAGGAUUUGGAGGUGGUAGUGCUGGCUCAGGAAUUGGAGCAGGUGGGUUUGGAGGUUCUGGUGCCACUGGAGGACUUGGUGGUGGAAGUGGUGGCUUUGGAGGUGGUAAGGGAGGUGCAGGUAGCUAUGGAGGUGGUGGAUCCAGUGGCUUUGGUGGUGUUGGAGGAUCUGGAGGCCUUGGAGGUGUGUCUGGCGGUUUUGGAGGUGGAAAAGGAGGAUCAGGUGGUUUUGGAGGGGCAGGAGCGAGUGCAGGGAGUGAAGCAGGCGGAUUUGGGGGUGCUGGAGGGCUUGGUGGAGGAUCAGGAGGCUUUGGAGGUACAGGAGGGCUUGGUGGGGCAUCAGGAGGAUUUGGAGGUGCAGGAGGGCUUGGUGGAGGGACAGGGUUUGGAGGUGGUAAAGGAGGGGCUGGUGGAUUUGGGGGAGCUGGUUCAGGAAGUGGAGCAGGUGGUUUUGGGGGCUCUGGAGGUACAGGAGGGUUCAGUGGAGGAAAUGGAGGCUUUGGAGGUGGUAAAGGGGGUGCUGGUGGAUUUGGAGGAGCAGGAGGGCUUGGUGGUACAGGCAGCGGUGUGGGAGGUGGAGCUGGAGGAUUUGGCUCUGGUGGAAAAGGAGGAUUUGGAGGAAGUUCAAGUAGCUCAGGCAGUAGUGCAGGAGGAUUUGGAGGAGCUGGAGGUCUUGGCAGUGGAACUGGAGGUUUAGGAGGUGGUAAAGGUGGCAGUGGAGGAUUUGGAGGUGCAGGAGGUUUUGGAGGUGGGUCAGGUGGUGCAAGUGGUGGUGCAGGAUCUUUUGGUGGUGCCGGAGGUUUGGGUGGUAGUUCUGGAGGCUUUGGAGCUGGAAAAGGGGGUGCUGGUGGAUUUGGAGGAGCAGGAAGUUAUGGAGGUGGAGCAGGAGGUGGAGCAGGAGGUGUAGGUGGAGGAGUAGGAGGGUUUGGAGGUUCAGGAAGUUUGGGUGGUGGAGCUGGAGGGUUUGGUGGUGGAAAAGGUGGUGCUGGUGGAUUUGGAGGUAUAGGAAGUGGAGGUCCUGCCAUUGGAGGUUUUGGAGGAGGUGCUGGUAGUGGAUCCAGUAGCAAAAGUGAUGCCAGCAGUGGCAGCAUAGGAGGUGGAGCAGGUGGUGGAGCUGGUGGACUUGGAGGAGCUGCAGGUCCUGGAGGUUUUGGUGGUGCUGGAGCUGGAGGCUUUGGUCCUGGAGGCCCAGGUUCUAGUGGAGGCCUGGCAGGUACUGGAGGCAUUGGAGGUGGUGGUAUUGGAGGCCCUGGGGGAUUUGGCAGCAAAGGACCAGGAGGAUUUGGAGGUACUGGUGGUUUAGGAGGAGGUUCUGGUGGAGCAGGAGGUUUUGGAGGUGGUGCUGGAGGUUUUGGAGGUGGUGCUGGAGGUGCCGGUGGAGCUGGAGGCUUUGGAGGAUUCGGUGGUGAAGGAGUCAGUGGAGGUGGAUUUGGAGGCAAACUUUCUGGUGGCGGACCUGGUGGCUUUGGUGGACCACCUGGAGGUUUUGGAGGUUUCUUUGGAGGUGGCUCAGGCUCCAGCAGCAAGAGUAGCUCAAGCAGCAGCAGUGGCAGUUUCGGUACUGGAGGCUCUGGUUCUGACUCUUCCAGUAACACCAUUUCAGGAAACUUUGGUACUCCCGGAUUCGGUGGCAGCGGCAGCGGCAGCGGCAGCGGCAGCUUCUCCAGCUCUAGCAGCAGCAGUUCCAGCUUCGGCGGCAGCGGCGGUCACUCCAAAGGGCCCAAGGCGUAUGGCCGCUGAGCAACCGCCGUGACUGGGCCCGCCUUUCAGCUGGGCCUGGUUUUUCGACCCGUUUCAUCAGUCACAUCACCAGGAAUUGUGGUUUUCCGUCCAUGUGUCAAAGACAUAUUCAUCGAUUUUAUGUGAUACCAUGUGAUAUUAAAGACAACAGUACUGAUGUGUCAUUAUCUCUUCAUAUUACGCGAAAUAAAUUUUUCAUACUA